CAUGGCGGCGGUCUACCAGCAAGGAGACAGCACUUAGUGUAAAAGCCUUCUGAAGUGUGUGACAGCGAGCGAAUGCCAGACAUUUUUACUUCAACCUUUUUCACGCUGGUGUUUCGUAUGACGCAGCUUCACCCUUGUUUACGCCACAGGGACAACGAUGAUGGAGGACGAGGAGAGGCAAAAGAAGCUGGAGGCCGGUAAAGCUAAGCUGGCUGAGUACCGCCAGAGAAAAGCUUAUGCUGACUCCCAGAAGAAGCAGAAGAAGAAGAAAAAAAAGAGGACAGGGGAGGACUCAGAGGGGGAUUCACAGGGAAGACCGGAGGUCGACCCUGAUCAGUCUGCAGAUUUGGAUGAAGUCUCGGGUGGAGGACGAGAUGGAUCGCAAGAAGGAAAUAAAGACUCUCAUACCACAGAGUUUACCUUCGCAAAGACGCUGCGAAGUGGAGAGACUGUGAAGCAUGACCAGACCUAUACUAUAGAGCCGGAGAGCGAAGUGUCCACAACUGCCGAAGAUUAUUCAUCAGAGGUGAAUGGGCUCCAUGAUGAGAUGAUCGAGAAUCUCUUGAUGUCUCCGAAGGAUUUUAUCUGGGAGGAGGUGGAGCAUCUCCAACAGGUGACUAAGGGAGGUACAAUCCAGGAUAUGGAGGAUGCACUUUCCGCCAAGACCCAGGCAGUGCAGGAGCUGAGUCAAGAGCUUGAAGAAAUAAGAGCCGCCUUUGGUACAGAGGGAGUAAACCAGCUGCAAGACUUUGAAGCUGCUCUGAAGCAGCGAGAUGGCAUCAUCACCCAGCUCACAACCAACCUUCAGCAGGCUCGAGAAGAGAAAGAUGAGAUUAUGAAAGAAUUCCUGGAACUGACAGAACAAAGCCAAAAAUUACAAAUUCAGUUCCAGCUGCUGCAGGCAGGUGAGACACUGAGGAACACCAGCCACAGCAGUACAGCAGCUGAUCUUCUGCAGGCCAGGCAGCAGAUUGUCCACUACCAACAGCAGCUGGAGGAAAUGAACGUUGAGGUCAGAAAUCAUCAGGAGAGGAGCAGUGAACAACAGGAACACAUCAGCCAGCUCCAACUCAAAGUCACCAAGAUGGAGAUGUUGGAAAGAAGCUCAGAAGAGUCAUUUACGCAAAGGAUAAACAAAAAGGACCUGCUGAUCGGAGAAAAAGAAAAAGUUAUUGCAAGUCAGGAGCAGCUGCUGACUGAGUUGAGAACCGCUGAGGAGUCUUUUGCACAAAUUCUGGAAGAGAAAAGUCUGUUCAUUUCCCAGCAAACUGCAAUAAUUACAGAACAUGAGCAGUCGUUGGUCCUGCUCAGAGAGGAACUUGCUCAUGUUGGAAGGACAGAUGAAAAUAGUUUGCAACAGUCUGAUGAGAAUGACUUGAUCAUAGCAGAGCAAAAGAGAGUCAUUUCAGAAAGGGACUGCUCCCUUACACAGCUCAAGGGUGAGCUUGAGUCUUCUGAAAAAUGCCUGCACGGUCUCCAGCAGCAAAUGUCUGUAAAAGAAUCAGAGCUUCAAAAAAGCCUGGAUGAGUUGGAGAACACCAAGUCUGACUUGGAAAGCUGUAGAGGUGAAAUGGAAAGUUGUAAAUUAGAACUGGAGAAAGAGCGAGAAGAGCUGGAAAUUUGUAAAGAUGAACUUUCAACCUCUAGACAGAAAGAGCGAAUGUCUUCUAAUGAAAUCAUGCAGCUCAUGGGCACAGUGGAGGACCUACAGAGGCGCUGUCAUCAAGGCAGCCUGUCUGAAAGUGACGCCAUCCAAAAAAUGCAGGAUGAGUCUGUGAGGAAGCUUGAAGUUCUCAGGGCAGAGCUGGAUGAGAUGUAUGGCCAACAAAUUGUCCAAAUGAAGCAGGAGCUUAAUUUGCAACAUGCAGCGAAAAUGGAGCAAAUGACCGAGCUACAUAACACUGAACUUGAAUUACUAAAAGCACAACUGUCUCAGAACUCUGCCGUUAGCACUUCUGACAUGGACAGUCUCAAUGUGAAGAUUAAUGCACUUCAGGAGACAUUAGAAGAAUCCCAAGCAAUGCAUGAUAAAACUAAGCAUGAGCUAAGUCAAGUUACCCAAGAAAAGUUCAACCUGCAGGUUCAGGUUGAGGAUCUUCUCCAGAAUCUUCAUUCUGCUAAUGAAAAAGUGGAGCUGGUUUCUCACAAUCUCAUAUCUCAGGAAAGUCUACAAGAUGAAUUGCAGUGCCUCCAGGGUAUGAUUGACAGUCUGAAAGGUGAACUGGCUGCUGCUCAGGAAGCUGCACAAGAAACAGAAAUAAAACACGAGUCAGAAGUAACCAACUACAAGAUCAAGUUGGAGAUGCUAGAAAGAGAGAAAGACGCAGUACUGGACCGCAUGGCCGAGUCACAGGAAGCAGAGUUGGAACGGCUAAGGACUCAGCUUCUGUUCAGCCAUGAGGAAGAACUCACCCAUCUGCGGGACGAACUGCAGAGGGAGAGCUUCUUGAACACAGAAAGCCUCCUUAAUGAAGCUGCUAUCAAACAUCAGAAAGCAUUGGAUGAGCUACGCUUGAGUUACGAAGAAGAACUGCGUUUGUCUCAGCAAGAAAAGGGUCAUUUUGCCACAGAACGAGAUGAGCUUUUGCAUCAAAUAUUUGACUUGAAAGAAGACCUGAAAGUAGCUUUGCAUAGCUCCAAAGCAGACGAGCUUGUCCAGCAGCUCCAAGAGCUUCAGGGGGAGCUUGAGGAAUUGAGGAAGGGAGGAGAAGAACGAGCUAGAAUGGAAAACGAAAUUCAGACAUUAGUAAAAAAGACAGAUGUGCUUGAAAAGCAGACAAAAGACAAAGAACAAUCCUGGGAGAACAAAUGGAAACAGGUUGAGUUAGAAAUUAAGACCUUAACAGAAUCUAAUAACACUUUAAAGGAAGAGUUGGACUCAAAAUGCUUAAAAAUUGAGACACUGACAACAGAUAAAAAUCAAAUACAACAAGAAGUAGAUUUGCUUAGAGAAGAAAUUGAAAACCAAAAGACAACUUUUUCUUUUGCUGAGAAGAAUUUUGAGGUAAAUUAUCAGGAGCUGAAGGAAGAAUACAUGUGCCUCAUUGAUGCAAAGAAACAGUUUGAAGAAAGGACACUAAAUGAGACACUUAAGUUUGAGGUGGAAAUUACAAGCCUUCAGUCACAGAUUCAGGAGCUGAAGAGCAGCAGAGAUAUCAAAAUGGAGGAAACUAUUACAGAUGGUAAAGCUUUGGUCCAAAAAGAUCUUACUGAGCUAAUGGAGAAGCUUAAUGUUACUAUGACAGAGAAGCAAAGCCUGGCUGGGAAGCUUUCUGAAGUUGCAGAGCAACUGAUGUUCACAGGGAUCAAAGUGGAGCAGCUGGAAGAAGAGCUGACAAAACUAAGAAAAGAAAACACAAAGGUUAUUUCCCAAAAUGAAAGCCUAGAAGAAGAAUUGAAGAAGAAACAAGAGCAGAUGAGGGGGCAGGAUGCCAAAAGAAAAGCUCAGCUCCAGAAAGAAGAGCAAGCAUCUAAGGAUCAUCACUCUCAGAUUCAAUCUCUGCGAGAAGAGAUAAAGGCUCUUCAGUCCCUGCUGCAGGCAGCUGAAGCUGAGAGAGACAACAUCCGACAGACCCUGGAUGUCCAGCAGCUUUCACAGCCUCCCUCUGCAGCAACAGUCCAGUCCUCGGGGGAGGGACCUGUUGAAGGACGAUCCUCGCUGCAGAAGCCCACAGCCUCAGGGUCAAACAGGCGUAAGAGACGGCAGAGGUUGAAGCAAGAGCGCAAACUGGGCACUUCUCCGUCAGACAGUAGAGAAGAAAGACACAGGGAGGACGAAGAGGAGGCAGAGGCAGAGGAGGAGAGAGCUACAAGUGUUGCAGCACAGGAGAAUCAGCCUCAGAUGGAGAGGCAGGUUAUGUCAUGUUCACAGGAGAAGUCCAGUAAGGAGGACUCCACCGACGAGUACCAGGGAGAUGGAGACUACAUCAACAAACAGGUGAGCGGACAUAGGACAGACAACCACCAGACUGAGCCUGUUGUGUGCCAGAGAGUAGAGGAAGAAGACGAGACUACUGAGCAUGGUGAGUGCAGGUUGCAGAUGGAGGCCCAGCGCAUUAGCCUGUCUCAAAUCCAUGCUGCCCAGCUCGAACUGCUGCAGGAGGAGACCGAUGCCCGCACACACUCUCUGGAGCUGAAGCUGCAAAGUGUUCGCAGUGAUCUCGAUGAGCCAAGAACUCUCAAAUAUCAGAACAUGUUACAAGCUGUGUCAGAAGAAUGCAGUGAGAUCGUUCUGUCUUUUAGAAAGAUAUUUGGUGGAGGGUUUUUGGAGAGUGUUGAUGAUGCCGGUUGCCAGCUGCCCUCAGAGGAAAGACCGGAAACCAGUGAAUCCACCUCCAUUAUACUGGAGGCCAGAGAGCUGUACAUAGGUCUUCAGCAGGUGAGGGAGAGGAUUGAGCAGGAGCAUGAACGACUGUCACAAAUCCAGGCUCUGCUGAGAGCUGAUGGGAGCAAGAUGAUGGAGUUGCAGAUGACAUAUGAUGAACUGAAGAGCAGCAGUGAGAAGGAGAUCUCUGACCUGCGUGUGCAGGUUGCCAGCUUUAGCUCCUCUUCAAUCAAAGGUUCACAGGAGCAGACUGGUGCACCAUCUACCCCCAUAACUGAGGAAUUACUGAGGCUGAAGGUUGAGGCUCAGGAGAAGCAGCUGCUGCUGGAGCAGAGUCACAGACAAGAGAUGGAGCAUCUCAGAGCUCACUACCAGCAGAAGGCCAUCGAGGCUGAGGAGCGAUCAGCCACCGAGCUCUUCAUGCUGCAGCAGCGGCUGCAUGAGGUCACAGGAUCGCAGAGUCACUACAGCCUGUCCACAUUUUCAGAGUCCAGCUCUGAGAGGAUGGAGGAGCACAGCCAGGAACUAAAGGACCUGGGAGAAGAGGAGUUGUCAGAGGAACAUGUGAAGUUGUAUUUGCCUACCAGGUCUGCAGGUCUUACUGCACAGCUGCAGGCACUGAGGAAAGCACUCUACCAUAAGUAUGUCCAAGAGGUGGCCACUCUCAAAGAGCAGCAUAACAGUGAGCUGAGGAGACUGAGAGAAGAAAGGGAGCAAGAGAGUACGAGAGAGGAGCCUCACAACGAAAGAGAAGAGAGAGAGCAGGAUAUCGGUGGAAUUAACACUGCUGGAAACUCCAGGGAGAGGAGUGGGGCUGCCGAGCAGGUCGUGCUUGAAGAGAAUCCACACUGGGAGAGAGUGGAGGAGGAAGUUGCCAAAGUCAUAGUUCAGAUGUCGGUGGCGUUUGCACAACAGACUGAGAUAGCUCGCAUUAACAAGCACACCUGCCAGGCAAGCACCUCUAUGCAGACCCAGUCCUUGGGUUCCAGGCUGGAGGAGCUGGAGAGGGAGAGACUGGAGAAGGACCUGGAGGAGAGGAACCUGGAGAUCCAAAAGUUAAAGGAGGUACUGCAGAAAACUGAACAGACCUUAAAGAAGAGAAGACAUGAUCAGGGAGAAAUUGAGGAGGAGGAAGAUCUCGGUGGGCUGAUGAUGAAGGAGCCUCAUGCAGACGAAUCCGCAACAUCCCCAUCAUCACAGGAUGAUGGAGAAUCCUCUGAUAAAGAUGUUGAAAGAAACCUGUUGCGUAAAGCCAACGAGAAACUUAGUCAGGUGCUUGUUGAUGUUUUGAAGACAACAGCAGCAGCAGAGGAAACCAUAGGCCUCCACAUGCAAAAUCUUUGUGGUGCCUCUGGUGAAAGGCAACUGGCUGCACUGCCGCCCACUGCCUCUGAGAGCGUUAACACGCAGCCCUUUGAGCCCUUUGCACCAGGUGAAACUGCUGAAAGUUUCCAGGGUAGCGAGACGUGUGCAGGCAAUGUGAGUUUGUGGUCCACUGAGAGGGAGGCUGAUGACGGUCUGGAGGUGUCCCAGCAGAUGAUGGACAGCCUGUUGCUCGGAGCCGAGACACAGUUGGAGAAUGAGGAAUUGUUAAUGGGCAUUGGUACCCGGCUCCAAACGGCUCUGGAGAAGAUGUUAAUGGCCAUCACAGAUGCCACCAACCAGCUCGAACAUGCCCGGAUGACCCAGACCGAGCUGAUGCGGGAGUCCUUCCGCCGCAACCAGGAGAUCAGUGAGCUGCUGCAGAAGCAGGAGGAGUUGCAGGAGAGGUUGACCGAGGAGGCCCGGGCACGGGAGCAGCUGGCUCUUGAGCUUCACCGAGCUGAGGGUCUAAUUGAUGGCUACACAGGUGAGCGAGCUGCGGUGGACGAGCAAUUGCGUCAGAAGGAAGAGCUUCAGAUGAGCCUUGAACAAGAGCUGCAGGUUACGAGUAGCCGGUUGCAGGAGUUGGAGCAGGAGAGGCUUCAGAUGCAAGAGGAGCGAGAGCUGCUGUCACGGCAACAGGACGCCAUGAGGGAGGAUGCUGGGCCCCGAGAGCUCCGCCUAGUUGAAGCUGCAAUGGUUGCAGCACCUGAAGCAGACCUCUUAGAGGAGACAGAGAAGCUGAUGAAAGAGAAGGUGGAGGUCCAGCGUCAGGCUGAGAAGGAGAACUCAGACCUCCUGAAGCAGGUGAAGCUGCUGGAGACAGAGUUGGAGGAGCAGGUCAACAGGGUGAUCGAGCUCGAGCAUGCUCAGACUACAGAAAACGGAGACCUGCGGCAGCAGCUCCAAGCUUUGGAGAAACAGCUGGAGAAAAACAGAAGGUUCCUUGAUGAACAAGCCGUGGACCGAGAACAUGAGAGGGAUUUCUUCCAGCAGGAGAUCCAGACACUGGAGAAGCAGCUGAAGAAUCCACAGAGGCUUCAGACUGGCUCUGAGCAAAGAAACCAAGAGGUGGAGCAGCUGACCUCCCAGCUGAAGGAGAAGGCGGAUUGGUGCAGUGAGCUGCUGCUCAGCUCAGAGCAGCUGCGUCGUGACUUGAAGGAGCGCGACGAAGAGAUUGACAAGCUGGAGAGCCGCAUCCAUGAACUGGAGCAGGCCCUGCUGGCCAGCGCUGAGUCCCUGGAGAAGGCUGAACAAAAGAAGCAGCAUGCAUCCAUCACUGAGACCAGACACUCCUCGCUGGAGGCUCAGUUACAGACGGAGAGAGAAGCUCUGGAGCGGAAAGAGAAAGAGAUCUGUAACCUGGAGGAGCAGCUGGAGCAGUUUAGAGAGGAGCUGGAGAACAAGAGUGAGGAGGUGCAGCAGCUUCACAUGCAGCUGGAGAUCCAGAGCAAGGAGAUCAGCAGCCAGCAGGAAUACCUAGAAACAAGGGACAGCAUGCUCCAGGUGAUGGAGGAAAAGGACAGGGAAAUAGCACUUCUUAAUGAACAGAUCACUAAACUUGGACACACGGAAACAGCAUCUGAUAACAAGGAAAUAGAUGAGCGAGAUGACCUUAUAAAAGACCUGGAGUCCAAGGUUGAGUGCCUGCAGGGUGAGAAAGAGCGCCUGAAGAGGAACAGUGAGGAGGAGCUUGACCAACUGAAUGCAGUCAUAGAAAAACUUCAGCAGGAACUGGUCAAUAUUGAGCAAAAACAGGCUGCAGUGGAAGAUGAGGACAUCAUUGGUGAGCAAGAGCAGGAGUAUGAUGAAAUGAAACACAGAAUGGAGCUGGCCACUACAGAGCUUAAUAUACUGAAAACAGAGGGCAGCAAGCUUCUGGAGACACAUCUGUGCUUGAAAGAGAGUGCCGAUGCUUUAGCUGAAACACAAAAACUGAGUACUUCAGAGGGCGAGCUUGAAGAAGCCCUUAGAGAAAAAACUGCAUGUCUUGUAGUCAUGCAGGCCCAAGUACAAGCUUUAGAGCAGAGUGCAACGUCCAGGGUGGAAGAGUUAGGGCUCCGUAUCCAAGAGCUUGAGGACUUGGUUAGCGAAAAAGAUAGUGAGUUAAGCCGCUGUCAUCUUCUUGUGCAGCAAGGUCAAAGCUAUGCAGAUGGUCUCCAACAGAGGGUCUCUACUUUAGAGGAAAAUCUGAGGGAGAAAAUAGCUGUUGCACUGGUCAGCCAAGUCACUCAGGAGGCCCUCCAGCAGCAGCGGUCACACAUAUCCAAAGAAAACCAGGACAUUCAGAGACAUGCAGAACCACAUGUGAAACCCAGUAUGCAGCCACAUGUACAUGGCUUUGGUGACUUUGGCAUUCCACAAAUGGAUUUCAGUGGAUUGGGUGAGGCAAGACAAGUUUCCACUGGGAAGGUGGUCCAUCUGACCCAGAAGCUGCGAGAGCUAGAGGUAGGACUCGGUGAAAUGCAGAAAGACCAGGAGCUCCAGAAGCAGCUGCUGUCCAGCUCUGAAGAGGAGGUACUGGAGUAUGAGAGGAGGCUGGCAGUGCUUAUGGACCUGCUCAUUCAGAUGAAGGCCAUCAGAGGACAUCACCAGAAGACUUCACCAGCUGUGGAGGCCUCCUCUGCUGAUCACCAGCCUGCUGUAUCUGAGCUUCUUCAGGAGUUGCAGGAGGUAAACAGCGAGACUGUGGCCACCAAAGAGCAGCUCAUCAGUUACAAGGAGAGCUGCAGCAGACUCCAGAAUCAGCUCCAAGAAAAAACUGUAACAAUAGAAAGACUUCAGGAUCAACUUCAGAAGGUAUCAACUAGCAGCACUGAAGAAGUCAAGCUUCAAGAUGAACUGAUGGAGGCUCGUGAUGAGGCAACAGCUACCAAAGAGGAGCUGAACAGCUGCAGGGAAACUUUAGAGAAACUGCAGGAGCUGCUACAGGAGCGGGAAAUGACCAUUGCACACCUUAAAGGAGAACUUUUUCAAGUCAAAUCUGUGGAAGGAGCUGACAGCACAGAGCUUCUACAGGAGCUCCAGGCGGUCAGAGAUGAGGUGGCAUCUACCAAAGAAGAACUCUGUAACUACAGGAGGCAAAAUGAGAAACUCCAAGAGGAGCUCCAAGUACGGGAAAUUUCCAUUUCGAAACUCAAAGAGGAGCAACAGCAGCUGAUAAAAGAUGUGGAUAUUACUAAAGAAGAGCUCACCAGCUACAGGCAGCAAAAUGAGAAACUCCAACAAGAGCUCCAAGUCCCAGUUUCCCUUCCUAAACACGAAGAGGAUCACCAGCAGCUAACGACCGAUAUGGAUACCACCAAAGAAGAAUUCAGCAGCUACAGGCAGCAGAAUGAGAAGCUGCUAGAAGAACUCAAAGUCGGACAAAUUUCCAUUUCUAAACUCAGAGAGGAACAUCAGCAGCUGAUAAAGGACAUGGAUACCACUAAAGAAAAGCUCAGCAGCUACAGGCAGCAGAAUGAGAAACUCCAAGAAGAGCUCCAAGUGAGAGACGUUUCAAUUUCUAAAUUCAAUGAGGAGCAUCAGCAGCUGAUGAUGGAUUUGGAUACCACCAAAAAAGAACUCACCAGCUACAGGCAACAGAAUGACAAACUCCAGGAAGAGCUCCAAGUCAGAGAUGUUUCCAAUUCUGACCUCAAAGAGGAGAUCCAGCAGCUGAUGAUGGAUGUGGAUACCACUAAAGAAGAUCUCAGCAGCUACAGGAAACAGAAUGAGAAACUCCAAGAAGAGCUCCAAGUGCAGGAAGUUUUGAUUUCUAAACUCAGAGAGGAACACCAAGUGGCGAUGAUAGAUGUGGAUACCACUAAAGAAGAACUCAGCAGCUACAGGCAGCAGAAUGAGAAACUCAAAGAAGAGCUCCAAGUGCGAGAAGUUCCCAUUUCUAAAAUCAAUGAGGAGCAGCAGCAGCUGAAGAUGGAUGUGGAUACCACCAAUAAGGAACUCAGCAGCUACAGGCAGCAGAAUGAGAAACUGCAAGAAGAGCUUCAAGACCGAGAACUUUCCAUUUCGAAACUCAAAGAGGAGAACCAGCAGCUGAUGGUGGAUGUGGAUAUUACUAAAGAAGAGCUCAGCAGCUACAGGCAGCAGAAUGAGAAACUCCAAGAAGAGCUCCAAGUGCGAGAAGUUCCCAUUUCGAAAAUCAAUGAGGAGAAACAGCUACUGACGAUGGAUAUGGAUACCACCAAUAAGGAACUCAGCAGCUACAGGCAGCAGAAUGAGAAACUGCAAGAAGACCUCCAAGACCGAGAACUUUGCAUUUCUAAACUCAAAGAGGAGAACCAGCAACUGAUGGUAGAUGUGGAUACCAUCAAAGAAGAACUCAGCAGCUACAGGCAGCAGAAUGAGAAACUCCAAGAAGAGCUCCAAGUGCGAGAAGUUCCAUUUUCUAAAAUCAAUAAGGAACAGCAGCAGCAGCUGAUGAUGGGUGUGGAUACCACCAAUAAUGAACUCAGCAGCUACAGGCAGCAGAAUGAGAAACUGCAAGAAGAGCUCCAAGACCGAGAACUUUGCAUUUCUAAACUCAAAGAGGAGAAUCAGCAACUGAUGAUAGAUGUCGAUACCAUCAAAGAAGAACUCAGCAGCUACAGGCAGCAGAAUAAGAAACUCCAAGAAGAGCUCCAAGUGCGAGAAGUUCCCUUUUCUAAAAUCAACAAGGAACAGCAGCAGCAGCUGACGAUGGGUGUGGAUACCACCAAUAAGGAACUCAGCAGCUACAGGCAGCAGAAUGAGAAACUGCAAGAAGAGCUCCAAGACCGAGAACUUUGCAUUUCUAAACUCAAAGAGGAGAACCAGCAGCUGAUUAUAGAUGCGGAUACCACCAAAGAACAACUCAGCAUCUACAGGAAACAGAAUGAGAAACUCCAAGAAGAGCUCCAAGUGCGAGACGUUUCAAUUUCUAAACUCAAAGAAGAGAACCAGCAGCUGAUGAUGGAUGUAGAUACCACCAAAGAAGCACUCAGCAGCUACAGGCAGCAGAUUGAGAAACUCAUGCAAGAACUGCAUAAUCGCGAGCUGUCUAUUUCUAAGCUCAAAAAAGAGCUGCAAGAUGUUCAAACAGCUUUGUUGAAGACGGCAGACUCUGGACCUCCAUCUCCUUCUCCGUCUCAUCAGCCACAGUCCUCUUCUUCAUCCUCCUCCACCACCCAGCCUAAGAGGAAGGGAGCCAAACAGUCAGCUAUUAAGGGUAGCGCUGCCAAAGAUAAACUAUCUCUGUCCAAGAAAAACUCUGCUCCUUCUAGCCAGUCCUCCAGCAGAUCCCACAGCUCCCUGCUAAACUGUAGCAACGAACACCAACAUGUGACUGUAACAGACUCGUUCACACAGACCGAACCUUUCCAAAUGUAUGAUCUAAGCUUGCAGAGCAAGUCUGUGGCUAAAGAGGAAAUGGAGGAGGUGAUCAGUGAGUUUCAGGAAAAGAUUGUGCAGAUGCAGGAGCUCCACGCAGCAGAAAUCCUGGACAUGGAGGCUCGGCAUAUUUCUGAGAGUGAGAACCUGAGGAGGGACACAAAUGCACUGGAGGAUGAGUGCAAAGCCCUUAAAGCAGUCAUUGACAAGCUGCGAUCUACAGAGGCUCCCACAUCUAGACAAGACCGUCCUACACCACAGUUCAAAGAUGGAUACACCAGUGACAGCAGCUCAGACUACAGCCAGCGAACUGGAUAUGACCUCCCAAACUUGCAACAGGAGUUCAGAACAACUCCAGAUGGCGCCAGAAUAGAAACUGAUGAUCCCAUGCCUGACAGGAUCAAAAUGUUGCUCCGUGAGGUGCACCAGGAGGGAAUGCAGGUGCUUUCUCUGUCAGAACUUCCGACCUCUGAAGGCGAGCCAGGCAACCAGUUCAACAUCCAGGGCUGGUUAAAGGAAAGAGAUGCUUUGCUUGCCACUGUGGAGUCUCUCAAAGGCCUCAUCACUCAGAUGCAGACAAGCAGAGAGACACAGACUUCAGGUAGUGUGGACUGGCGUGCACAGCUGUUGGAUGCAGUGAGGCAGGUGUUUCUGAGGGAACGAAGCGUGCUGAAGAUGACCCUCUACAGCCAGUUGGAUCUUCUGGACACUAGUGAUGCCAUCAUCCACCUUAAUCAGCUGGAGCGCAGACUGGCUGAGCAGGAUGCCCACCACAGAGAUGCAAUGGAUUCCCUCCACACUGCGGAGCGGUCAAGUCUCAUCUCUGAGAUUCAUCAUCUCCGUGGUCAGUUGGAGCAACUCCAUCAAGGCGCCCAGUCUGCAGUGCCUUUGGCUGCUGAAUUUAACAGGAGGGAGCAGAGGGAGGGAGGAGCAGGAGAGACCAACAGACUGCUGGUGGAAGAGCUGAAGUGCGAACUAUCCCAGACUAAACUGGAGCUGGAGACGACACUGAAGACUCAGCACAAACACUUUAAAGAGCUGGACACACUCAGAGCUGAGGUAUCAAAGAAAGCUGCUGAGAUGGACGCACUCAGUGAUCAGCUGAUAGAUGAGAGGAAGAGGAGCAGAGAUCUUCAAUGGGCCAUGGAGAAGGACAAAUGUCGGACUGGGAGGACUGAGGAGAGUAAGCGAGAGGAGCUGGAGGACCUCCACCUCAGUCUGGAGGAGCAGAAGAGCCGUGUGGCCCAGCUGACCCUGACUCUGGACCAGGAGCGCCAGGCCUCGUCCUUGCUCUCCCAACAGGCUGAGGAGGAGCAUCUGAGUCUCCACAGACGUUUACAGGAGCUACAGGUCCAGUUCGAAACGGAGCAAGCUAAAGCCCUGGAGAUUAGCACUGCACUGGGGAGAGAGAGGGAGCUUCGGACUGGUGUCUCCUCCAACAACAGCUUCUCCAAUGAGGCGCCAGUGGAGACGGACAGUAGAGACGAUGGGAGUCUGCUGGUUAGACUGCAGAGGGACCUGGAUGACAAACACGCACAGGUGGUGCAUCUCUUCAGUCAGGUGGAGGCCCACAAGCUUGAGGUGGUGCGGAAAGAGGAGGAGCUGAUGUUGCUAAGUCAGAGGUCAAGACGGGACCAGGAAGCUCUGAUGGAGGCUCGGACUCAGCUGGAGAACUUGAGAGCACAGAUUUCAGGGACCCAGGAGCAGCUGGAGCGAGAGAUGGAGAGGAGGAGGAGCCUGGAAGAAGAGAAGGAGAGACUGGAGGAGAGGGUAAACCAAGUCGGAGAGCAGCAAGGACAAAGGCAGGAGAGUGGACCUCAGCAGACCGACAGACACAGUCCGUCAGCAUUGCACAGAGACUCUGGCUUCCACACCACAGACUGGGUGUCCCAGCUGAAGUCUGGCACCUCCAAUACGUCCCCCCUCCAGGAGGUCUCUGCAGCAGCUCACAGCAGUGGACCACAUCAUGGUCCAUGGCGCACAGUCGACAAGAUCAUAGGCAAACUCCACCUGGUUUCCUCGAAGAUCUGCAGCAUGUCAAACCAAACACCUGGCAGGCUGACUGCAGAGGUUGACAGAGAAGAAUUGUCCUGGGUGCAGUCCAGUGUUGAUGAGGUCAUCAAUAUGCUGCAGCAGUUCCCAAGUUUACCCUCUGUCCCUGAGAGUGUGUCCCGGCUGGCAGGAGGCUCCUCCAGCUCCUCCAGCUCCUCCAACUCCCUGACAGAGCGGCUGUUGAGGCAGAAUGCUGAGCUCACGGGUUUUGUCAGCCGUCUGACCGAAGAGAAGAACGAUCUUCGAAACCAUGUGCUCCGCUUGGAAGACGAGCUGCGGCGUUACAGACAUUCUGGACUGGGAUCAGGAGACAGCUCGUUCAGCCAGAGAUUAAAGUCAAACAUGGACUCGGCCAGUACGCCGCUCGCCCAUGAGCGGGAGACUUGGACUCGAGAGAAGAUCCGUUUGGAGAAAGCUUUGCAUCUGGCUCAGUCGCAGGUGGCUCGACUCCGGGGAGAGGUCAGGUCUGACACUCUGCGAGAGAUAACAGGACCUGAGGCUGACAACGCUGCGCUGAAGAGGAUGUACGGAAGGUACCUGAGGUCAGAAAGCUUCCGCAAAGCUCUUAUCUACCAGAAGAAGUAUCUGCUGUUACUGCUGGGCGGCUUCCAAGAGUGUGAGGAAGCCACACUGUCGCUGCUCUGCAGGAUGGGCGGGCAGCCGUCGCUCUCCAGCCUGGAGUCGUACAGCCAGCGCCGCAGAGGGCUGACGCGCUUCCGCUCUGCCGUUCGAGUCUCCAUUGCCCUCUCAAGGAUGCGUUUCUUGGUGAGGCGUUGGCACAAGGCGACAGGGAUGAGCUUGACAACCUCCUGCAGUCUGAACAAGAAUGGAACAGGACAGACAUUCAGUACAGAGAUGAGAGAUUCACCAUAUCUUCACCCAGGCAGCGCUGAGAUAUACAGAGAAAAAGGCGGCCGAGGAGGAGGGGGAGGAGUCUCCAGCAGCAGGGGGAGAAGUGGACGGGAGUCUCCUCGAUCAGCCGUCUCCUCCACGCCACACAGAUAUCACAUGGCCGGAGAUCACGGAGCGCUCACCUGUUCCCACCUGCAGAGCUACGACCCCGACCGCGCGCUCACCGACUACAUCUCCAGACUGGAGGCUCUGCAGAGGAGACUGGGGAGUGUGACAUCAGGUGCUUCUUCAUAUGCUAACUUGCACUUUGGCUUGAGACGAUAGACGCUGACAGUUGACUUUUGCUUGAAGAAACUCAGUUGCCUUUUCUUGUGCUGAGUGCUCUGCUGUUUUCUAUCAUUCUGCUGUGAGCUCGAUUUCCAUUUGGACCAAAACACGUUUUUUUUAAUGAGUGUACGACAUUGUUGUAUUCAGCCUUUUUUGUCGCCAGCACUUGAAAAACAGCUCCGUUUGUAAUUUAAUCUGCCCUCUUUGUUGUGGAUAAACUUCAAUCUUGUAUAUUUGUCUAAUGCUAAUUUAAGACCUCGUGAUUAAUUUAUGUUUGUGUUGUAUGGGUGGAGCAUAAUGUGGAGAAUGUUUGGGUUUACUGUUCAGGAGGCUGCUACUGGAUAAUCCUACACUACACUGUGUUUUGUUUAGGCUGGACUGACUACAGAGGACAUUUGUAGAGAACGUAUUUUUGUAAAGCGUAGGAGCUUUGAAUUUUCUGGGUAUUUUGUCAAAAACUGAAAUAAAGAGGAUUACACUA